AUGCAAAGGAUGCCAGCAACGGCCUUGAGUGCGCACUGUCGCUUCAAGCUAAGUUGUGUGCGGCUGGAAGGAUUCACCAGUUUCCUGAAGCUAGGGCAGGGUUUCUUGUUGAGACGCUUCAGAAGCAUCUGGACGCAUCGUCUGUGCGGUUACAUGUGCCCCAAGCACGAGCCUGUGGGUUCGUCGUCAGCGCUCCUUAGGCAGGCGCUAGUGAGCAAGGCCUCGGUCGUGCUGAAGUGUGCCGCCCGGCAUGAGCUUGCGGAGGGGGGUCUGGGCACAGCGUCGGCGGUGCCCCAGCCGCCCCAGCAGCCGCCGGUGCGGCCAUCUCACGGGUCCGCAAGCAACCCCUCCAGCAGCUACCGAGGCGGUGGUAGCGGCACGAAGGCCUUCCCAGCCACCGUGGCGACGCAGUCUGGCAGCAGCGGCUACCUUUUCUCCGCCGUACAACCGGAUGUGGACGCCGCCGCUGCUGCCGUCACCACCGCCGCCACCGCCACUAGAAGCAACACUGCCCAAUGCUGUCCUGAUUUGGACCUUAUCGACGAGGACGCCGUGUUCGGAAGCGACAUGCUAUUCGCCGCCGUACCGCUGGUGUACGGCAUGUCUACGCUGGGCGUGCUGUGGAUUGCUGUACCUGUUGCCGACGACGACGCGAUGACGAUUGGCGCAGGAGCCCAGCUGCAAACCGGCGGAGCUACCGUGGGACCAGCCGGCGAGCAAGACGGCGGCGGCCCGCUUCCGCAGUCUAGACCGCCACAACCCCCGCUGUCUGCGACGCAGCAGCUUCAGCAGAAGCAUCUGGAAGGUUGCAACAGCAGCAGCAGCCGCGGCGGAAACGCCGCCGCUGCAACGCGGCGCGGGGCGACCCAUGGGUCUUCCAUCUCCUUGACCGGCAUUGCUUCCGGCCCUGCGGCUCUGCUGGCCAACCCAGCCGCCAUGGACAACGUGGCCAUGUCCGUGGCGAUGCACCUGGCGGCAGGUUGCGCCGAAACCACGUACCUCAACCGCUUGGGGGAAUCCCUGUACAGGCUGGCGGAGAGCGCUACGCUGGCAGAGCUGAUUCUGGAGCUGUGCAGCUCCCUCGUACAGCAUGUUCAGCAUCGUUUUUACGUGGAUGCAACCGCCCACUCGGCGCUGGUGCCGAUGCCGGAUUCGCGUGUGGCGUUCAUGUUGCGGCCGGAGAGGGUGGAUGGUCCGACGAGCUUGCGGGCCGCGCGCCAGCAGCAGCACCCGUUGUCGCAGCAGCAGUCCCGGUUGCGGAUGGCAUCCGUGCCGUCGGUGCCGAGCGGUGCAAACCUGCUCAACCUGUCAGGGGCGCCGGAGGUGGGAAAUCGAUCCAGGAGCGUUACACUGGCGGCGCAUCUGGCAGCAAGCAACAGCAGACGCAGCAACCCGACGACAGCUACCGCCACGACCGCUACCACCACCCCCGGCACUACCACUGCUACUGCGACUGUUACUGCGACCGCGGCUGCCGCUAAUGCAAGCACCAACGGCCGGCAGACAGAUCCACAGCGCGCGUGUACGACGGCGGCAUCGUACGACGGCCCUCCUGUGCGCGCAGCGCCGUCACGGGCCUGCUCCUUGUUGGCGUUACGGACCUCCUCGGCUCCGCGAGACGUGUUUAUGCUGGAGAGCAGCGUUAUGCGUUCCGACGGUUCGUUUGGGCUGCUGUCGAGCUGCCAAGCUGGCGGUGGCGGCGGCGGCGGCGGCAAUUUGCCGCCGUCGCUGUCGGCGCGCGCCUUUCGCCUCUCCAACACGCUUCUGCAGGCCAUGUUGCACAAUGCUCAGGUACGGCAGCAGCAGCAGCAGCGCAGCGGCGGCGGCGGCGGCGGCCAGAGCCCAGGAGGACCUCUCCUGGCGCCGGCCCUGGACCGACUCAAGCCCUCGUCUGAUUCCUUUGAUGGCAUCGCCGGUGGUGGUGCUGCUGGCGGCGGCGGCGGCGUACUCGCCGGGAUGUGUGUACGAGACUGCGCCCGCCAUGUGCAGGAUGAACGUCAGCCUUCGCGGGACGUCUGUAUGUUGAUGAUAUCGGCUGGGGACGGCCCUCGCUUUGGCGGCGGCGGCGGCAUGCCGGGGAGCAGUACACGCGGCGGCGGCGGCGGCGCAGCGGCGGCCGUGGUUUCGGAGUCCUCGGUAGCGUUACCAGCCGGGGGCGGCAGCGGCGGCGGCGCGCAGUCUCUGGUGCUUCUGGGCAUGGAGACGGGUGACGGUGCCGUGUUAGCGGUGUACUUGGCGUUUCCGACGCCGGCGCCGAUGCAAUUGCUCGAGGCGGUUCGGGACGGCUGUAGCGUACUGUUGCGGGAGCACCUAGCUCAGCUUGUACGGCACCGCCUCCGCUGCGCUGACCUGGCAGCGGAGUGGGAGACCCUUCGCGCCGGCAUCCCCGGCUCCUAUCUCUCCGUUUCCCGCUGCUCCGUCGUACCGCCCGAACCCGCCGCCGGUGGUGGCGGCGGCGCUACGCCGUACGUCCACUCGCCUCUGUCGCAGCCCUACGCUCGCCGCGCCGCGCCGCUGCUUAUGAUGAGCGCGGGCAGCAAUGUCUUUGUCGCGGCAGCGGCGUCAACAGCGUCCGCGACGGGGUUGGGGGGAGAGGAGGCGGGGUUCCUUCACGGCGCGCUGUCGUCCAACAGGGGUAUGGCACUGGGCAUGGCGUCGCCGUCGCUGCCCAGUCGUGCAGCGCUUGGGUCGGUGCCGGGUACGGCACCGGGUACGGCACCGGGUACGGCGGUCCCGGGAAGCGAGGCAAGCCUUGUCAGCUUGGCACCAGGGAUGGCGGGUCAGGGCGGUGCCGGCGGCGCAAACCAGUCGGCGUCGGCGUCGCACUUGAUGGGGCAUUUCAGCGCGGCAGGCCACGUCAGUGCGACGGGCCACGUCAGCUCGGCUGCGCACGCCAGUGCGACGGGCGACGUCGGCGGCCUUGGACCCAUGGGUCGCAGCCGUAAGGCGUCGCUGACACACGGCGGCAUGGACUUCAGCGAGCGACCCAGCGGCUUAACACUGGGAGGACCUUCAUGGUUGCAACGUGCCCGUCGCAGCAUGUCGGCAGCGCCGUCAGCGGUGACGCCAUCGUCCCGUUCCGCCUCGUCACGCGGCAUGUUCCUGCGGUUCGGCAGCCUCAAGCAAUCCACUGGCGGCGGCGGCGGCGGCGGCACGCCCCGCAGCCCGCUUACCAGCGGCUGCUACGCGGACCGCCUCGCCGACGGAGCCAACAGUCCCAUGGGUCCGUUGACUGGGGAGGCGGACAUCGAGGAGCCGGGCGUCUGGGGAGAUGCAGCAGCGCCUGCGGGCGCCGCCGCCGGCCUGGCGGCCGCCGGCAUGCUGACCGUGCACGAUUUGGACGAGACGUACGAGAGCUGGGGCAUGCGAGCUCACAUGGGCGCGUUGGUUGACUCAAUUUUGAGUACGACUCUAAGGAGCAGCGGAGCGCACCUUCGCGUUGAUGAGGGCGGCGUGGGUCGUACGGAGAUGGCGGCGGCUCGCGUGACUGAGGGUCUCGAGGAGCUUCAGCUGAGUGCCGUACUGGGCCAGGGCGCCAGUGGUGUCGUACUCAAGGGCAUGCUGGGCUGCACUCCUGUGGCCGUCAAGAUUAUGGAAAUGCCGGAUGCGCCCCCCUCCCGACUAGACGAUCCUCACAUGCCGUACACAUGCCGUACACAGGACGCGUCCAUGGGCGGCAGUGCUGCUCGUGGAGACACCUCCUCCCCGGGAACAUCCACCGCCCGCGAUCGCAACCACCACAACCACCACAACAACAAUAACAACAACCACCCAGGCGUUGAGACGGCCUACCUGAACAGCAGCGAUGAAGUCGCACCUGUUGCACCGUUUUUGGAGGGCUUGCCUUGCAGCCCGGGGGCAACAGCAGCGGCAGCGGCGGCCGCGGUUAUCGAUGCUCGGGAGGUUCGGGCUCGACGGGCCCUCCUCCGUAACGCUAUGGAGGUCGCGAUGAUGCGGACCAUUAGCCACGUAAACAUUGUACAGGCCUUUGGCGUGUACGACAAUGUGAUUAUGGAGCGUCACGAGGGCCGUCAGGGCAUCAUCAGCCUUCGCCGGAUCAACCAGAAGGACGCCAACGACCAGAAGGUGCCGGACGCAACAAACCCAGGCAUGAUGCGGAGCUCGCCCAUUUGUACGGCAAUCGUACUGGAGCUGUGCGAUCGGGGCUCUCUGGCGGAUGUGCUCCAUAACCGCAGCUUUCCCGCGCUGACCCUCCCGCCACCCCACCCUUCGAUAUCGCCGGCUGCUACCGCGGGGGCGGCCAUGCAGUACGCGCGAUACUGGAAGGGCGUGUACAUGACGCUGCUGGAGAUUGCGCUGGCGCUGCGGCACCUGCACUCCCGGAGGCUCAUACACCGAGAUCUGAAACCCGGCAACAUCCUGCUCAAGUCCAGUCCGGGUGACCCGAGGGGCUGGACGUGCAAGUUGGCGGACUUUGGGUUCGCACUUGUGCUGGAUCAGCUGGACCAAUUGGCGGAGGAGGAGGUGGCGGAGGUGGAGGUGGAGGAGGCGGAGGAGGAGGAGGAGGAGGAGGAGCAGGCGCUGCAACUGCCGUCAACGGUCAACAGCCAACAGUCAACUACCCCCAAUGGAAUGAAUGGAGCUGUCGGUGGAGGCGGAGGGGGAGGCGGAGGGGGAGGUGGAGGUUCUCGGGACUGGUACACGAUACAGCAACAAGUUGGGGGAACGGUGACCCACAUGGCUCCCGAGGCCUUUCGAAAAGGCUCCCGAAUCGACGCCUCCGUGGACGUGUUUAGCUUUGGCAUCAUCAUGUGGGAGGUGGUGUGUGGUCGGGGACAUAGGCCCUUCAAGGAUCUGCCACUGGACGCAAUCGGGCCAGCUGUCACCGGCGGCACAAGGCCCAUGUUCCCGUCGGGAGAUAAUGUACCGCUGCCGUACAGGCAGUUGGCUCGAUCGUGUUGGUCAGCCGACCCACGGGCCAGACCCGGUGCUUCGGAGCUGGUUGCGGUCAUCAAGGGGCUGUUGGAGUCCGUGAGGGCGUGA